UGUCGGGGCAUACACACGGUUUUGUUUUGUUUCUUGUCUGUAUCAAAAAUCCAAACCCAACGUUUUUACCAAAGUAGCUAUUAGUUCAUCUCUUGCAUUACGCUACUAUCUGCACUAAGUUCAUACUCAUUCAUACAUACACCAGGAUACGAUGGAGUUUGCGAUCCACAAGCACCUCUUCAUCAAAAUCCACAUCUUCUUCUGCUUCUUUCUAUUUCCUCUCUUAGUCUCAGUUUCUGAAUCAAUCCAUUCAUUCCCCAAAGAGGCCCUCCCCACCAAGCAUGGUUACCUUCCAAUAAGCUCCACUUCCACUUCUGCCAUUUUCUACGCUUUCUAUGAAGCACAGAACUCCACUUUACCUCUCUCUCAAACCCCACUUCUCAUUUGGCUCCAAGGUGGCCCUGGCUGCUCCUCCAUGCUUGGUAACUUGUACGAACUUGGACCCUGGCGUGUCACCGAAUCUCUCACCCUUAAACCCAAUCCUGGUGCUUGGAAUAGAAUUUUUGGACUUCUUUUUCUUGAUAGUCCCAUUGGAACUGGCUUCAGUGUGGCCUCAACGACACAAGAAAUUCCAACUGAUCAAAACGCGGUUGCAAAUCAUCUUUUUGCUGCUAUAACCAGGUUUGUUCAACUUGACCCUGCUUUCAAGCACCGCCCUAUUUAUAUUACUGGGGAAAGCUAUGCUGGGAAGUAUGUGCCUGCUAUUGGGUAUUACAUAUUGAAUAAAAAUGCGAACUUGGGGGUUUCUGAAAGAGUGAAUUUGGCUGGUGUGGCUAUUGGGGAUGGGUUAACUGACCCUGAGACUCAAGUUGCUACUCACGCUUUGAAUGCUUAUUAUGUUGGGUUGAUCAAUGAGAGACAAAAGAAUGUGUUGGAGAAAGCUCAAUUGGAAGCAGUUAGGUUGACCCAAUUGGGGAAUUGGAGUGAAGCAACGGAUGCGAGAAGCAAAGUGUUGACAAUGUUGGAAGACAUGACAGGGUUGGCUACUUUGUAUGACUAUACAAGGAAAGUUCCUUAUCAGGAUGAUUUGGUUGAGCAAUUCUUGAACAUUGCUGAGGUGAAGAAGGCCUUGGGGGUGAAUGAGUCGUUUGUGUAUGAGGUGUGUAGUGAAGUUGUUGGGGCUGCUUUGCAUGCUGAUGUAAUGAAGAGUGUGAAGUAUAUGGUGGAAUACUUGGUGAGGAGGAGCAGGGUGUUGUUAUAUCAAGGUGAGUAUGAUUUGAGGGAUGGUGUGGUUCAAUCAGAGGUUUGGGUGAAGACAAUGAAAUGGGAAGGGAUUGAGGGGUUUCUGAAUGCUGAAAGGAAGAUAUGGAAGGUUAAUGGAGGGAUUGCUGGGUAUGUGCAAAAGUGGAAGUCUCUCACCAAUGUUGUGGUUUUGGGUGCUGGGCAUCUUUUGCCUACUGACAAAGCUGUUAAUUCUCAAGCAAUGAUUGAAGACUGGGUCUUGGAAAGAGGUUUGUUUAAAAACAAGUAGCAGGAAAAUGUGCCAAGAAAUUCCACUUCGUUGUAUUUGAAGUGAAACUAGAGAGAAUAAACCGUUUGAAAGUGAGAUUAUUAAACGAUGAGCUUUAAGAAUGUCUUAGAUGAAUGGCUUAGCAGUGUUUAUCUUCUUUAAGCAGAUAUGGUACUUUUUUUCCUUCUCAAAUUUAAAA